CAGCCGCCAUUUUCCUUGUUGUAGGCGCCUCAAAUGUCAUAAUAAUUUCAUUUUCUGAAAAAUUACGUUUUCUUUAAUGUUUUACGUUCUUUUUCAUGUUUCAUUGAUGUCUAAAGCUACUUCUUGUCCUAAUUUCGGUUUGUUCGCACUGAGUUUCGCAAAUUGUGUGAGCGAUUUCUGCCGACACUCCAAGGAUAUAUAAUUGAUGUUUUACAAUGAAAAUCAGAAAUCAUCUUCAUAAAAGGUAGCGAGUGAUUUCGACGCCCACAAGACAUCGUCACAAGGGCUCCGCGGUGCGUUUCGAGUUUUUUUCGGUGUGUAACAUUGAGACAUGGAUUUGCGAUAGAGUCGGUGUAGAAAGUGCGUUGUAUGAGGAACAAUGAGCGAUUCGCCAGGAGUGGAGUGGCUCCCGGCGUACAGCCCGGGGCCCCCGCGGCACAGUCCCCUGGGCCCCAUCCCGCGCUUCCUGUACGAGGACGUGCAGCCGCCGUCGCUGCAGCAGGAAAACAACAACAAGGAAACCGAACUCUCGCAGAACACUAACAAAAUCAAACACGCCAAACCAGCCUACAGUUAUGCGAGCAUGAUCAGACUGGCUAUCAGCAGUUCUCCGAACGGCAAGAUGACACUCAAUGAAAUAUAUAAUUAUAUUUGCAAUGCAUUCCCGUACUACAAGGAGGCUGGGAAGGGUUGGAUGAAUUCGAUAAGACACAAUCUGUCGCUGAACAAGUGCUUCAUGAAAGUGGCCCGCAGCAAGGACGACCCUGGCAAGGGCUCGUACUGGGCAAUGGACAGCAGCUACAAAAUGGCAGAGGUCACACAGCGUCGCAAGCGCAGCCUUCGGAUGGCUCCAUACAGCCCGGAGUGCAGUUCGAACAGCAGCGGCGAGGCGGGCGCGUCCGGCAUCGACGCCGCGCCCACGCCGCCCGCUACGCCCACGACGCCUACCACGCCCACGACGCCCACCACCGCCGUCGUCAAAGAGGAGCACACCGUCAAACAGGAGCACAUAGAGUCGCGCUACACCGACGACGCGCUGACGGCGCUCAUGAACGAGGAGCUGAUCACGGACGCCGACAUCAGCAGAGAGAGCUGGUGGUGGUCGGGCGCGCGGCGGCACGUGUGCGUGGUGCGCCACAGCGCGCUCACGGACGACUACGGCAACUUCCUCGACACGCGCCACCACUGCGACUGCCCGCUCGACACGCCCGCCACGCCGCCCACGCCCACGCCCGCGCCCGCGCUGCUCGCCGACGACGUGGGCGCCGACGCGCUGCCCACCACGCCGCCCUGGCACGCGUUAUAACACCGCCCCGGCGACUGGCGCAAGCGCAAGCACUACGUGUGAACGUAUUGCGGUAUUCUUACGAAACUGAAUUAUGUGGAUUGUUAUCCUUUAACGAAACAGUUGUAAACAUAUACUUACUAAAUAUGUAAUACUAAUGCUGAUAUUGUCAAAUAUGUUGAGUUAUUUGGCUUGUAAGGCAUUCUCUAUGAUACGCGAAACAGCUAUUUAAACAAGAUGUGUACGAAGGUUAGAAACCUUUGUGUUAACGUAUUAAAGUGCGUCUAAAUUAUUUUUAGCCGGCACUCAAUACAUUCAACUUCAACACAUUGUGUUUGUGUAUUGUUCAUUUUCAAUCACUUACAAUGUGUGAUAGUGUUGAGGUGUCAGGUAAACAUUAUCAAAUAUAUCACUCUACGUGAAAUGAACUUGUAAACUUAUGACUUUACAAUCAUUUGAAUACUGUUUUUUAAAUCAUUGUACAUAUGUCAAAAACAAAUAAUGGAGUUAGCUGGCUAAUUCUUUCGGAAAAUGCCGAUAGGCAAUAUCACACAUUCUUGCGGAAACUUCGUCACAAGUGUGAUAUUCAGGGGAUCUUUUUGCACGCAAGGAAUUCUCUCAAUUCUCUCUCUCUCGAGUUAAUGAAAUCAGACCAAUCGAGUUCACUUGAAAUUGUAAGGCAGUCUCUACUACCGAUAUCACAAAUGAUGCAAUAUGGAAUUUCUAUUCUGGUAGUAGUCAGUCGUUUAGCGUUUGUUUGUCGUCGCUAUACCACAAUAAGACAAACACGCAAAUAUAUACAGACAAACUUGACUAAAGCUAAUCGCUCAUCUAACACACGCGCCGAUCAAAACUCUGGAUUCUGUACUUGGUGGAAUGAUGUCAUGAUGCCUGUGCUUAUAGAUGAGCGAAUACCUUUUACUUUUAUAAACUUUGGUUCGCCAAUUUUGGCGCCCAAGAACUAGGGCUAUAGAUGUAAAUGACUGUAAAGAUUUUGUUGUUAGAAGUGGUACUGCGUACCGAUAUUAUAUUAUAUUAGUAGGUUUAGUGUAACAUGUAUGCCAGUAUUUUGAAAGUUAUAUAUCUUAAAAGGUUGAUCUUUGGUUUGAUCCAUGUUUUGCAGUUUACAAGGUUUUUACAAUUUUGGAAAAAUUGUCACAUGUGGAAAUGUUACUUAUAAAAAAGGAGUGUUUGUUAUUAUUGAAACUUUAAAUUUAAUUUAAAAUUAUUCAGUUAUAAUAUUUUGUACAAUUUUAUGUUAUAAACCAUUAAUUUCUGUCUAUAAUACUAAGUUAGGUAUGUGUAGGGGAUGCAAUAAAAUUUCAACCUAAUCGUCAUAUUAUUAAAGUAGCUUUUGCAACACCAAUAUUGUUGUAUUGAAACUUCUGCGUUGAUUGACAUAUUAUUUAUUCUGUGUUAAAUGAAGAUGUAAUGGGCAAAAAUUAAGGUUUCUUAACAUUUCCACAAAUGACAUACUUAAAUAGACCAGUUUGGAAGUGUGUUCAACUGUAAUUAUAUACAUACAUAUAGGUAACAUAGCGUCUACGUAGUAAAUUAAGUUGUACCUAAAACAAAAUAGUAAAGUACUAUACAUAUAAAAGAAAAAAAUAACCUUUUUUAAAAAACAGAGUAACGUAAAUGAAUAACAUAUCUGCCAACAUAUACAUAAUAUACCUAAUACAUAGAUAGUGGGUAGUUACCUCUACGUUAUAUAUUAUGUUUUAAUGAUUUUUGUAUUUAAAAUAUGUAUUUGCUAUUAUUACAAAACCCUUCAAUGAAUUUGAAACAGUAGGGUUAUUCAGUAACGAUGUUUUUAUUACUCGCUAGUGCGAGUUUCCAAUUCGCCUCUAUCUCUCUCUGCCUAACACUAUACUAUAGAAUGAGAAAGAUAGAAAGAAGUGAAUUUGAAGCUCGUACUUGCGUGUUGUACGAAAUAUCUAUACAAAAUAACACUACUGUUGGCUGCGUUAGCGUUGAAAGCUUAUGCUGUACAAACUAAAAAAAUCUUUUUUUUUUCAGUUUAUAUUAAUUUUCUUUUUAUACAGAUAAUUAUAUAUUUACUUAUAAUUCAGGAUAUUACAUAACAAAGGUAUCAUCAUUAUAGUGAAAUUGGAUCAAUUUGAUAGAUAAUUAUUAGAUUUUGAUAUUAGUUCGAUGAACUAAUAACAAUCUCACCCUUUAUCAAUUUGUUAUAAAUUUCUUUAUCAUAAUAACAAUAAAACAAGCACGUAACACGUUAUAUUUCUACGACGAGAUUAUAAUUGAAUUUAUCACUCAUUCAAAUGCCAUUGCAUUGGAAUGGUACAUUGACAUCUUUCAAGAAAAAAUUAAAUAUUGCAGUAAAUAGCUCGGUUGAUACAAAAUAAAUCCUUCAUUGAUUAAUAAUUAAUUUUGCUAACGAGACGUACGCCAACAAAAUAUAUCUUUCUCUUUUACAUUCAAUAGCAAUGAAAUAGAAAGCGAUAUAAGGACAAAACUAACUUUAAAUGUUGGUAUCUUUUGGCACACACAUUAGCUUGUUUAUUUCUGCUAAGUACAGACUACAGUUAUUAAAUAUCGAAGCUUUAUUAUAUUUUAACUUCGAACAAGCACAUAUCAUUCACAAUUCAAGUAAAAAUUCACAAAAAAAAUAAUUAUGUAGAAAUGUAACCGUGUUAGUGCAUAACCAGUCAUAUUUCAAUUUUGAAUAACAUAAUUUCUUCAAAGGAAAACAUUUUUAUUAGACAUCGAGAGUAUAAAAUGUGUAUAUAAUUUUAUUUAAUUUACAGAAAAGUAUCUGAGAAUAACAUAUAUAUAAAGGUAUACAUUUGAUUUUAAUAUACAUAGUUAUUUUAAUCAACAAAUAGAACAAAUACUAUUUUUGGUUAAACUAAAUAGAUAUUUAUUUAUAGUUUGAUUAUUUCUAUUUCAGUGUUAUUUGCUGUGUAUGUGAGUAAUUAAAAAAAGUUUGAUAUUUUAUGACACAAAAAAAAAUAAGACAAUGGAGGUAGAUUAACAAAAUUUUAUUUAUACGUUUUAAGUGCAUUAUGUCUUAGAGUAAAACCUUAUACAUCUUACACCACGAAAGUUGGUUACACGGUUUUCUAAAAUAUUUUUAUUAGUUUUACCAACAAAUUUUAUUUAUUAUAAAAUUAUGAAUUAUUGUUUUUUAUAAUUCAUAGAACAGUGCAAGGAAAAUAAUGGUAAAUGUAACAAGAAAGGAAAUUAACAAAACUUGUUAAAAAAAAUUGCCUUGUUUAAACGAAAGAAAACGGAAUUCGUGUUGAAAACUUUUUAGUACUGUUUUUUAUAAAUAAAGCUUAAGAGUAUAUCGAAUAAAAUCAUUGGUUCAAUUAAGAUUCGUGGCGUGAGAUGUAUUUUUUUAAUGGCCAAGUAAAUAUAGCCAGUUUGUGAACAGAUCUCAGAACGACCAGUAUAUUUGCUAAAUUAAGAGCACCCAUUCAAGAGCGCACCCCCUCGGUACGGGGUCACAGCGCUAAGCGUGAGUUUUUGGGACAGCAGUUAGGUACUGUCUUGGAAACUCACCCUAAAAGUCGGACAACGUAAACCUUUAGGUAUACCAAAUCUUUGCGUAACAUCACACUAGCAACUUUUGAGUCUUAUAUCCUUAUCAGACAGUAUGCGGGCCUUAGAUACAUAAUAGGUGUCAAAGAUGCGGGCUAUAUUUUGUGAGGUCAAAUCAUUGAAAUAGGAAAAAAGUCGUUAUUGGAAACGUCAUAGAAUCUGUCUUAUGUGCUAUGGUUAUAUUGUACCUCCCUACAUAACCACUCAUCUGUAUCAAAUAUGACAAUGAGAGGUCAUAGGAUAAUGAGCACUGACACUCGUAUGACAUAACAAAUCAAUGUGACAUUAUUCCUUACUUUGACUUUUUGUCACAGUGACUUGCAGUUACCAAGUCGAAUAUUAUUAAAGUUGUUUAAGGCAUACCACGCGACAAUAAGGACGAUUUUAUUUCACACGAUUUUGGAAAAUACACCCCAAGAAUUUAGUAAACGAGUGGCUAAAGUGAAUGACGGUCGUGGGUGACUGACAGUUACAAAAAGUCAUAAUGACAAAAACUAUUGUAAGCAGCUCGUAGUAUAAAGUGACGUUACCGAGUGACGUCAUUUGUACUUAUUGCUAGUGUGGUGUUCCGUUGAUGUGUUGUGCGACUGGGACUUGAUGACGUAACAGCGUAUCUCUGUGCGUGCUCCUGGCGUACGUUAUGUGUACAAGUAGCUUUCAGUUUAAUGCUGCUGUAAACGGACGAUUCGGUGCGAAAAACUGAACAAUAUCGCUAUUGGACGGGCGUUUAAUUUUGCUGCAAAACUGAAUAAUUUUGUGGCCAGAUUUUAUGUCUUUAUUGCAAAAUUUACUUAAAUAAAUAAUAAAAAAUAACUUUUAUAUAAAAUCCAAGGUCCGUGUGGAUUAUGACUGUCUUAAUACAUUUAUUAUAUUACAUUAUUGAACACCUGGUAUUAUUUUUAUAUUUAGGAAUAAGUAGAAUUGAAAAAUUCCGCACAUGAAAAUAGAUUGUUAAUUUAUCGCAUCGAAUCGCUCAAAUACGGCGCAAUGUAAGAAUUUAUGUAAUAAAUUAUAUAAUUAUAUAAAUAUUAGUUUUAUAAAUGUAUAGUUUAACGACACAUAUACGUAAUUCGCUUCUAGUUACAUUCGGCCUACAGCGAACAUUCAGUUUGCACUUGCCUAAAUCGUUUAUUGUAUCGCGUUUACAUUAUGUCCGAUCCGAUAUACGAAUAAUUAAUAUAAAUACAUAUAUAUAUUUAAUAGGAAUCAAUAUUAACAAAUAAAUAGGAUCUUAAAUAAAGGCGUUCUCUCCCCAGAUGCGUGUGAAUUGUGACUCUACUCAACCUUACCAAUUCUUUAACCCUUGAGAUAUCAAAGUAGUGUAAUUUUUUCAUAUAAAUAGCACCAAAUUGUAUCCCCCGAUAUUAUUAUCAUUUGUUUUACAACACUGGAAAUAAUUUAAUUUUAAAGAAGUUUUCAAAAUGCCGACACCUGGAGUAUAAGUGUCCCAUGAUGGACAGUUUCAUUAGACACCGAUCACACUUUUAUAUUUCAUAGUUAUAUUUUCUGAAUUUUACAACGUUCACUAAGCAAGUCACUAAACUCAAGCAUUGAGCAAGUACAUAAUAGAAUAAUUAAUUAAUUUAAAAUAUAUUAUCUGAAAAUAACGAAAAACCAUUAAAAUAAAGGAGGAAUUGUUUUUAGAACACGCCAUCCGCUACGACAUUUAUAUAUCGCAUCGGAUAGAAUGUAAACGCAUUAUCGUAUCGCUAUAUAUGUUGUCUGUGCCAUAUAGUCGGCCGCGCCGUCGAGCUAGACUAACCAGUCCCAUAUCUUAUCAAAAUGUGUUCAGGAAUUUUUAGAUUAUAUACUUAUACUGUCGAUGUAAGGUGUGUGUACAUAUUAGUGUAACGCUCUCAGGUUUUAUAGGAUAUUUUGACCCGGGUUUUAUGGCGGGCCGUAUUCGACAAGUGGUUUUUUGGCAUUGUUUCACGUGUCACAUAGGUCUUAGCUGUUUGUGCGGCGUCCUGUCGUCCAGAAUUAGAUGUGUUUCUAUAUCGCGAACACCCCUCGGCCUCGGCGGCUGUGGUAGUGCUGUGCUGGUAGCGUAUGCGCGUGGUUGACUACAACUGUUAUCGUUGGAAAAUUCAUUUUUGUGUUCUUCUGAAAUUGGUUAAAAAUCAUGAUAUAGUGCGACAUAAAAGAGUAGAAAUUAAUAAAAAUGUAACUAAUAACCUUGCCUUUACUUUGUGUGGCAACACAAAAUUUACUGUCAUUAUCACAAAGAUCUGUCAUAUAGUGUAUAUCAUUAUUGAUAAUAAUUAUAAAUUAUAGUAAAAAUUCAUUAUUGUUUAUAUUGAAUAUUUAUUAUUUAAUAUAAGAUCAAUUUGUUGUGAAAUACAAAAUAUACAACAUGUGAAUAUAAUAUAUAGGAUGAGCCCAAUUUAUAUGGUUUAUUAUUUAUCAAAAAUCACAAAGAAUUGACAUUGGUGUCCAAUUUUGUAAAUUCUGUUGUAUUUAAUUAUAUUGUUUUUUUAUUUGUAUAAUAACAAUAUAAUCGAUUAAUAAUUAAUAUGAUAAGCUAGCACUACAACAGCAAACGGCCGAGUGGUCUUCGUUAAAUAGAACUUUAAAGUAAAUGCGAACGAUAUAUACCUAGUUAUUAUUAAGUGGAAUAUAAAUAUAUAUAUUAUAUUACAUACAAGUGGUAAAGAACCGCUCUAGAUUGACAGAGUGGUGUCAACUGGCGCAUCACCUAAAUUUCAAAAUUUCUUUUUGCGGUUUUGCAAUUAAAUAGAAAUAAAAAUGUAUAAGUGAAUACACACAUUAUUUAUAUAUUACAACAGACGCCCAUUAUUAGUUUUAUAUUGAGAAAGGGUGUAAGUAAAUAUGAGCAGAAAAUCACCAGAAGGAGACUAUUUUUUUCAUGGAUUUUUUCACAGGCAAAGUCUUACACCGAUCAAUGUCAGAUAUUCGCGCGUCAGAUAGACACCGCGGAUAUGUCUGUUGUGGUCUGUGGUCAAAGUCCAAGGUUCAAAUAUCUAAGCAAGUAUGUACGUUGAUUUGUUAAUUGUUUCAUACAUUACUAACAUUCCUUGCUUGCGAUUCUUUGAAAAUGUAACAAAAAAUUUUGAAAUUAUAUUAUUUAAUUUUUUGUGUUCACUCACACUACAAAAUUUUAAACGAAAUGUCAAAAAUUAUUUUCUUGAAAUCCGGAUCUUUCGAUUCGACAAUUUUUGACUUUUAGAAUAAAAAAAAUUGAAAAAAAGUAAUACCAGUAUUUAAUGUAAGUAUUUUUAGUUGAAAAUGUAUUUUUAUAAAAUGGACGUUUUAUUUAGUUUUUUUUCGUAAUUCGGUGCAUAAUAUUAGUUGCCAUCAUGUUUAUAUUUUUUUGAAGUAUAUUUAUUUAUUUUCUGUGAUAAUCGCUUCGUUUUUUUUUAUGGAGGCAAAAAUAUAUUAUUUACCAUAAUUGUACGCAUCGAGUUAUUGGAUGUGUUGAUAGUUUUAAUGCACCAAUUCAACGUUACAUUGUAUACCUACGUAAAUAAAUAAUUGUAAAUUAAGUUGUACGACUUUUGUACGCAUUGCAACUUUAACGAUUCUAUUGUUUCGUCGUUGGAUCGCGUGCUGGUACAUUUUUGAUUUUUUUUAUUAUGAUCAUGUGAGAAAUGAGCCCACAAAACAAAUAAGUACAUAUUGAAAUUUUAUUACAUCUCGCUCGCUGAGAAAGGUUUUAGGAAUUAAAAUCACUAAAUUGAGGAGUUAUGGACUGUCCAAAGAAGAUAUUACCAUCGAGGGCCAAUAAACAUUACUAAAUACUUGGCAGGCAAAGAAAUAUUUGAAGAAACAAAUAUACUGCUAUGUAAUAUAUAUAUAUAUAUAUUCAAAUAGCGAAAUAUGAUGUGAAUGUCGUAAAUUCGAAGUCAGUUGCAACGAUCAGUCAUUCAUACACUUAGUGUGGAUGUCUGAAAAAUAGACUCAUUUCUCACAUAGUAUCAGUGAGAUGUUACUACAUUCCGAAUGGUACCGGAAAUAGGGAUAUCAAGACCGCUUUGUAGGGAAACAAGGCUAAAUAAUGCAUAUAUAUUAUGAUUUUCUUAGAAUAUGCAUAAUGUUUUUUUUUAGAAAUGUGGUCCAACAAGCUAUUUGUCCCUUAAGUAGUAGCAUUUCAUUGCAUAGUAGAUACAAGAAUGUAUUACCUAAAUGUUUUAUGUAUAUUAUUUUGAUUGGGUACACUCACUCCGCCUAUAGAUGAUAUUGCCGGGCGAACGAUUUGAAAUUAUUUAAUUGUAACUUACCGCUACCCGUUUACUUUAAGAGUAGAAUGUUCUACCUCUAAAACAUAGUUGAUGUACAAUAAUAUAAACUUUUAACAAA